UUGUAAAUAAGUAUUCAAAAAUAUUAAGUUUUUGUAAAUAAAAUGCAAAUGAAUUAAUAUAUUAGACUAUUUCAUUGUUUUUGAUACGCAGCUAAAGCAAUAUCAAUUUGUGUUUGUAAACACACAUUGUUUAAUCGUUAUGUUCGUAACAUGACAUCAUGUUAUUCUCGCAAUUCGAGUUUCCUUUGUUACUUGAUCAGUAGAAAUGAUGGGCCAAACACGUUUCAUAAUGAAUACCAGUGUUACAUUGUUAAUAUUAUUCCUUACACAUAGUUUAGGAUUGACUCCGCAGUGCAGAAAUGAACGAGGAGAGCCAGUAGAUUGGUUCUAUGUUUACAAGUUACCCAGGGAAAGAAAUCAUUUGAAUCCUUUAGUUAGACGAGGUGUAGCGUACAUGCAUCUGACACCAUCUAAGCUUAGAGGGGGUUGGAUAAUGUCUGAUUUAUCAAUUGGUGACCCUCGUUCUAUGGUUGGCAGAACAUUAGCACCUUUAUAUCAGGAUAAAAACACAAUUUCAGUAAUUUACAAUGAUCAACCUCCAUCAACGGAAAAUAAGCCUGAUUUAUUACAAUCUGUGGCAGAAAUGUAUUCUAAGAGUAAAAAAGGCCAACCGAAACAAUCUACUAUGAAAAAAUAUAAAAAGUUCAAACUUGGUGACAAAUACUAUGAUGAUUAUGAUUUAGCUGAGAUGUGUAAAAUGCAUUCAAAAUUCAUGAAAACUAGAGUAGAGAAUGGCCACACUAAAGGAGUAAUUCUCGGUGACAAAUUCACUUCCUCAUGGCUUGUUCAUUCUGUACCACGGUUUCCACCUGUACCUGACAGUAAUGGACUAAACACAAGUUCAUAUAGUUAUCCAACAAGCGGCAUGAAGUUUGGGCAAUCCUUCCUUUGUGUGUCUGUCCAAACGGCCACACUUAACCAAAUUGGUAUGCAGCUGAAAUACAAUGAGCCAUCAAUAGUAUAUCAUCGUUUGCCGCAGGAAUUUGAAAAUGAAUUACCCAAUUUAGUAGAUGUAAUUCGAAAUAAGACUGUGGAUGCAUCGCCCUGGUACCACAUAGAAAGCUUCGAAACUUUAGUUGGUCGCAAAUUCCUGUCAUUUGCGAAAAGUGCGAUGUUCAACGACGACUUGUACAGCGGUUUAGUGGCUGAAGUAUUGCAGUCUGAUCUUUUAGUUGAGUCUUGGAUGAAUGGACCGGGAACUCUGGAUUCGGAAUGUAAUAGGAAUUUCCAGGUCCGAAACAUCGAACGCCUAAAAUUUCCAAUAGCCAAGAUGUCGUUUACUUCUCACAAUGACCACUCGAAAUGGGCCGUAGCCGUCGCUCACAAGAUGCACAAUAGUCAGGAUACCAAAGUGGCCGACUACUGGGUGUGUGUCGGAGAUAUUAAUAGAGCUUUGCCCCAAGAGUCCCGCGGUGGUGGAACAGUUUGUACAUCUGGUCCCAUACUUUGGGGUAAUUUCGCGCAUUUAAUCGAAUCUGUCCAAUCUUGUAAUAAUUAGAUUUAAACCUUUGGUUAGAGAAAUUAAAAUCACGGCGAUAUUAAACAAUAGUUUAGUACGUCGAUAUACUUUAUUAUUAUGAGAUUUGUUUAGAGAAGGAAGAAUUCUAGUGUUAUUAAAAUCCUUCUUUUAAAGAUUCUUAGGUAUUUGUUUUGUUAGUAAUCUAUGUUACUACAUACUUAGGACUAAAAUACCUAUAAUCUUAGCUUCGAGUGAGACACAAGAUUUUCAGAUUAAGAAGAGAUUCAGAUUAAAGUAAGGUUCAUUGAAUUUUGACUUUUGUCUCUUUUCAUUACAACGUAAACUCAAUAUGACAGAGAGAGAUAUAAGAGUACUAUUAUUAAAAGACUGUAAUUGGUAGGAAUAUUUUUUUCAUGCAAUAAUAGAGGCGAGAUUUCUCUAAUCAAAGGAUAUGUUUUCUGUGAUAAAUAGUUUAAGCAAAGUUGUAAAUAUGGUGUUGUUAAGAUUUCUUUUAAUAAAUGAAAAAUUGUAUUAAAUAGAUUAUAAAUAGUUAUUAUUUGUGUAAAUCCAUUCGGAAGUGCAGGCGUACUUACCGCGACUUAUUUUAUUAUAGCGACUUAUUAGAGUCUAACAAUUGGGGGAAUAGAAUCUGUCAGAAUUUGUUGGAUGAAGUCAAAACAUUAAUAUUAAGUUACGGUUUCGUUGAGAGUCGAACUCAGGAGUUUUCCGCAUUACUGACAAAGGCACGGACGCUUUUUUCUAUUACUGUAAAUAUUUUCUUUUGUAAUGUAAAUUUUUCAUUUUUUGUGUAUAAUAAAAGGUUUUUAUUA